AUGGACGCAGUGGGCUUCCUGAGGGUGCGCAGUCUGCCCCAGAUGUGCAGCAGCCCGCUGGCCGCCUCCGACUCGGCGCCGGGCAGCCCGCUGGAGGCGUCGCCGCAGCCGCCUCCGGGACGGCGCCUCCGCGACGACGACACGGACGCCGACGAAGACGACGACGACAUCAGCGUGGGCUGCCCGUCGCCCUCGCCGGCGGCCGUUCGCCGCCAGCAGCAGCGCCAGCGCAGCCCCGUCUCGUCGCCCGGCUCCUCCACCUGCCGCACCGCCACCUGCGACGAGGAGGACGACUACUUCAAGCCGCUCAAGAGGCUCAAGAUGAUGAACAUCGACAAGGCGACGGCGGAGAGGCCCGCCAGGCCGACGCCGCCUCCGCUGCCGAGCGGAGUCGAGCGGACGGCCUCGGCGACGCCGCCGCGAGCCUCCGGAGGCGGCGUAAAGUCCUUCUUCAUCCUCGACAUCUUGAACCACUGCCCGCGUACCAACGGCCAGCAGCAGCAGCAACAGCCGCCCCCGACGUCGGCGGCGCCGCGUCCGGGCGACCCGACGCCCGCCUCUACCGCCCGCAUCCGGCGGCGGCGGCCGGGGGCGGCGUCGUGCCGGUGGACAGGUACCGAGCCAGCGCCGCCGCACCACCACCGUCCCAAGUCGGCGGACUUCUGCUACGCCAGCGAGACCACGUGCAGCAGCGGCCGCUCCAGCAGCGACUGCUGCACCAGCCCGGACCUCGCCGCCAGCCCGGCGUCGGGGGCGGCGGCGGCGGCGGCCAGACACCCGGGGGCGGCGCAGAGCUCCGGGGGCGGCGGCAGGCACCCGGCGCGAUGCGGCAAAGGGGCGGCGGGCCAGCACCACGGCAAGGGCGGCGCCCAGGGCAGCAACACGUCGCCGCUGGACGCGCUCUUCCAGAUGACGAGCAAGACCUUCGAGGAGCUCAACGGGGAGGCCGUAUCAGAGGGCCAAGCCAGCCACCUGAACCUGUUCAACUCGCGGCAGCAGGCGAAGAAGAAGCGGAAGUCGCGCACGGCGUUCACCAACCAUCAGAUCUUCGAGUUGGAGAAGCGCUUCCUGUACCAGAAGUACCUGUCUCCUGCGGACCGCGACGAGAUUGCGGGCCAACUCGGCCUGAGCAACGCGCAGGUCAUCACGUGGUUCCAGAACCGGCGCGCCAAGCUCAAGCGCGACAUGGAGGAGCUCAAAAAGGACGUCGAGUCCACCAAGAUCCUGAGCGCGCACAAGUCUUUCCUGGAGAACGUCACCGACCUCGGCAUCCUGAAGAAGAAGGCACCCCCGAGCAGCGCCCAGAUGGCGGCAGCUGCAGCGGCGGCUGUGGCGGCGGCGGCAGCCGUGUCCUCCGCGGGGGCGGCAUCUGGGGGCGGCGGGGGCGGAGGCGACUCGGGUGUCGACAAGUAGAUGGCACCACUGCAGGCCGCUGUGUCACACAAUGUGCAAUAAUUAGACGGACACUCGCUAUGUAGACAUUGGGAUUCUGAGUGCGACUCACUUGUGCGAUAUAUCGCCACGGAGCAUAGUUCGGUGUAUAUAUGCCGACAAGUAUCUUGUUCCUGUAAUUAGAAGCGGUCAAGAAAUAGUUCUGCACAGUCAAUGUUUGUGAAGAACUGUGACCUAAUAGGAAGGUGGUAGAGUACUGUACGCUAUCCGUCAUAAAAGCGAAACGAUGUAGGAGUCAGCAUAUGUUGUGGCAAGAUCGUUAUUGUUGCUAGUAUUUACUACUAAAAAAAGUCAAGUGCCAGGUUUGACGAGAUAUGGAUGUCAACAUUUUAUGCAGUGCGAAAGUGCACUGUGAGCUGUCUUACGAACGUUGAGAAAUGAUGGCUUUCUCCUUGAAACUGAAAAUUUUGUCCUGCUCUUAUAACUCGUGUGACGUCCAUUCGUUCAAAAAAAAAAUCGUGUCAUUAGUACUUCAAUUACGCCUUAAAAAGCGGAGACUGCAUCUACUUUGGGAAAAACGGGAAAGUUUUUUUAUAAAAAUGAAUUUUAGGAUCACAAAAUCACUAUUAAAGGAACAAAACUUAUUCUGUGACCAGUGAAUAAAUGUUUGAUAAUCACGGUGCACUUUGAAGCUUAGCUCCAUUUCAGAUCACAACUCCUUUUAUGAUUUAAAAACUACAAGAGUUUAGUGAGGUGACUAAUUACGGAGGGUUUUUGCUAUUUCAUUCGUUUUACUUCCAGUCAUAUUUACAAAUGCAGUUAUGUCUAACAGUAAAACUAAUUUUCAUUUUUUUAAACCCCUGGUAAAAUCUUACGAACAUAAUAGACCAACACGGCACAUUAUUUUUACCAUAAGGUCUUAAUUUCAUGUAAAUUAUCGUUAACGAACGAUUCUGCGGGAAUUAGCUGUCCAUUAAAGAUUGCUGACUCCGUUAUACCUUGAAGACAACACACAGAAAAUGUCUGUGGAGUCGUCACACACCGUCUGAGCACCGAAUUAAGUCCAUUUCGGAUUCUGGCAGGAUCCUCCUUUUUCCCGCCACAUUUUGAAAGGAACUUGUAGGGAACAACUAACUUAAAGUUAUCAGCAGAACUGUUAAUAUACUGCGAGAACUUGACUGACCCAACGCUGUUGAAGCUAAUUCACUGUGUGUGUUGAGGUCCUACCUAGUGGUACUACUUAGAGGACAAUGGAAACAGUAAACUGAAGGAGCCAUGUGAUCGCUGACUCUUCGUAAUAUGUGCACACCGCGAAGAACGAGUAUUACGAACCAGGAGGCACGGCAGUGAUUGUUUUACUCAUUUCUGUUUCUGAGACAAGAAACUUAUGUGCAGUGCUGUGACAGUUGUUUUCUAUGUACAGUCUCUCUAAACAGCGAGAUGAAGGUUACGAAUGUAAAUACUCGCCAUUGAGUGUAGCUAACUUGUGUCAUAGUUUCGUACAUGUAAGUGCUUCACGCUGUAGUUUCGUAACUGUGAAAACAGAGGUCAAUAUCUACCUUCAUUAUCCUAAUUUUGUUACUUCGCUUCAAUUUUGUCGCAACCACAGUGAAAUCCAUAAAAGAUAUAAAUUGUAAAUUCAAAUUACUUGUGUCAAAAGUGAUUGGUGAUCUCAGAAUAAUAGGAAUAAACAAUAGCUGGCGUAGAGAGAUAAAUAUAAAUGUUGUAGUCUUACAAUAACAAUAGGAAUGACGAAUCAAAUUGCUGUAAUAUAUAUACAUACGG